GUUGUCAUUCCCAACCUUGAGGAGUUAGAACUAAGGUCAAUAGAAAUUAAAAUGAUAUGGCACAUCUCUACAACGGCUCACUGCAUUAUGAACCUCAUUGAACUUACCAUUGAAGGCUGUGAUAACUUAGAGCUGUUAUUCUCAUACUCUAUGGCUAGAGGCUUGAAGAAGCUUAGGCGCCUCAAAAUAAAGAAUUGCAAGAAUAUAAGAGAGAUCAUUGCCACAGAGAAUGUAGAAGACAUGGAGAAUUCAAUUUCUUUUCCUAAGCUAACAUUCCUAGAGUUAAAAGACCUUCAAAAUCUUGUCAAAUUCUACUCAAGAAAUUGUAUGAUUGAAUUCCCAUCCGAGAUGCAAUUGGCUAUAGAGAACUGCUCAAAAUUGGAGGUACCCAUUGUUACAAGUACAAGCAUGGAUGCCAUUGCUGAUUGAAGCCCCCUUUCCACUAAACAGGUGCUUUUUCUUUGUUUGACUUGCCUUUUCUUUGUUUGACUUGCCUUUUCUUUGUUUGACUUGCCUUUCUAAACUUUAAAACAAAUUAUCCUCACAAUU